GUUAAACCAGAUGCUGAGAACAUCUCCCUCACUGGUCAUAACUCAAAACCCUCCCAGUCCCAACCCCAACUUCUCAAAAUUCCUCAACCCUUCAUUCUAUUUUCAUGGUACUCCUCUUCCAUCUCGUCGUCAACCUCACUAUCCUUGCAGACUCCUCCCCUCCCAGUCCCAGAAGAAAAGGUACCAAAGAUUUGCAUAUUUGGACUUCCUUCCAUUUCAAUGAUCUUUCCAGAUCAGCUUCUGUUUCGUCCUCACCUGAUCGAUAGCCUAUCAUCCUCUUCCUCCUCCACAUCAGAACCUACUUCGCUACUAAUGACCCUCUGCUUUAGAGCUUCAAAAGCUCUUGCCGCUAGGCAAAACGCUAGCUUUCUCAAGGUACGCCUCCUCUUCUCCCUUUCUUUUCAUUCUUCUUCUUCUUCUUCCCAUCACCCUCCCUCCAGCAACAAAACUUUCUCAGAGACCCACUUUCAAGAGCUAAUAUACAAGACCAUCGACAAUAAUCCAUGGGCUUUUACGCACAAUUUUUGGGUCUCUGAUCAAUUCGAACCUGUGAUUGUCGACCCAGACUUGUUCCUGCGAGUCUUGAAGUCUAUUCGAAGGAGACCCAGAAUCGUAUUACGGUUCUUUCUGUGGGCGGAGAAGCAGCCUGGUUUCAUACGUACUGAGGUUGCAUUUUGCUCGGUUUUGGAAAUACUGGCAGAAAACAAUCUUAUGCGCUCAGCUCAUUUGGUGAUGGAGAGGGUUAUCAGUGUUAAAUUGCAUGGAAUUGUGGAUAUGUUGGUUGGUGGAUAUGUGAGCUCGGAGGUUUCGGUUAAGCUCCUUGAUCUUUUACUUUGGAUUUACACGAAAGGAUCAAUGAUUGACCUAUGUUUAUUAACUUUUGAUAAGAUGGUGCGACAUGGGUUCUCCCCGGAUGUGAGCAACUGUAACAGAAUCCUCAGGAUCCUACGAGAUAAUGACCUUGUGAACAAAGCGAGAGAGUUUUACAGGGCAAUGAGCGACUACGGGAUCCAGCCAACUAUUGUUACUUAUAAUACCUUGCUAGACUCUUUCUGUAAAGAGGGGGAAGUGCAAGAAGCGCUUGACCUUCUAUCGGAGAUGCAGGAGAGAGGAUGUGCCCCCAACGAUGUCACUUACAAUGUGUUGAUCAAUGGACUGUCAAAGAAAGGAGAGUUAGAGCAAGCCAAGGGGUUGAUUGAAGAGAUGCUGAGUUCCGGACUGAAGGUCUCAGCCUUCACAUACAACCCUUUAAUUUGUGGUUACUAUGAGAAAGGCAAACUUUUUGAGGCUUUGGGCCUUGAGAAUGAAAUGGUAUAUAGGGAUGUUUCCCCUACAGUUGCGACCUACAACACAAUUAUUGAUGGGCUCUGCAAGUGGGGAAGAAUAGUUGAAGCUAGGAAUCGAUUCUCUGAGAUGUUGAAGAAGAAUUUGGUGCCAGAUAUAAUUACCUACAAUGCUUUAAUUUAUGCAUAUUGCCGGGUAGGAAACUUAGCUGAAGCUUUCCAAUUGUUUGAUGACCUAAGAAAUAGGAACCUAGUUCCUACUGUUGUUACAUAUAAUACCUUGAUUGAUGGUCUAUGCAGAUUGGGGGACUUGAAACAUGCUCAGCAGCUCAAGGACGAGAUGAUCAAUCAAUCAGUUUUUCCUGAUGUCUUUACUUAUACUAUUCUUGUAAAUGGCUCCCACAAGAUUGGAAAUCUACUAUUAGCUAAGGAGUUCUUCAAUAAAAUGCUGGAUGAAGGAAUCCAACCAGACUCAUAUGCAUACACAACUCGGAUAGUGGGUGAACUGAAGCUUGGUGACACAUCUAGGGCAUUUAGUCUGCAAGAGGAAAUGCUAAUGAAGGGAUUCCCACCAAAUAUUAUAAUUUACAAUGUUUUGGUAGAUGGGAGUUGCAAAUUGGGAAAUUUAGAAGAAGCAUAUGGGUUGUUGCAGAAGAUGGUUCAAGAUGGGCUAGUGCCAGAUCAUGUGACAUAUACUUGCAUCAUUCAUGCUUACUCAGAAAGUGGAUUUCUCAGGGAAGCCCGAAAGGUAAAGGGAGGUUGGAUUUGGCAUUUAAGUUCUUCAGAGAGAUGCAGGAGAAAGGUGUCUUGUCGAAUGUGAUCACCUACAAUGCUCUAAUAAAUGGCCUGUGCAAAGUGGGACAAAUAGAAGAGGCUUACAGGUUAUUUGUUCAGAUGGAAGAGAAAAGUCUG